AUGUAUGACGAGAUUAGCCAAAGAACAUGGGCUAAAUUAAUUCCAGAUGAUUACGAUAAGUAUCACGCCCCUUCUUCUGAGAAUGGAGGACCAGUUACUGUAUACGUUAACCUUCAAAUUAUGGAUAUUGAUGAAAUAAGAGAAGCGACGAUGGAUUUUCGAAUUCACUUAUAUAUGACCGAAUAUUGGAAGGAUCCAAGAUUGAACAUUCACAAACUUAAUUUAACAUCAACAAGAAUUUUGCCACAGAAUUACAUAAACGAAAUAUGGUUACCCGAUUUAGUUUUUGACAAUAGUAAAUGGGCUCAACUCUUUCAGUUUUCGCUUCCAAACAUUGUUAUUAAAAUAAGGAAGGAUCAUACAAUUUAUAAAGUUACGAGAUAUAGCUUUCAAGUGGCUUGCAAAAUGGAAAUGGAAGAUUACCCUAUGGAUAUCCAGUUUUGUUGUUUCAAGAUUGCAUUUUUGGCGAAUUCUGAAGAAACGGCAACUCUAGCUUGGUCAGGAGAAGAAGGAAGUAUUUAUAAAAGUCUUGGGGAUAGUGUUAUUUUAAUUGAUGAAAUUGAACCAUUAAAGUAUGAAAUGAUAAAGCCAACGCCUUUUAAAGUAACAGAAUCAUGGGUCGAUGGUAAUUUCUCAUAUUUAAUUUGCAAUUUCACUUUCGUCCGCCGAUUAACUAGCAGCAUUCUUAAUGUGUACGUUCCGAGUGCUUUAGUUGUUACGCUUUCCUGGUUGUCCUUUUGGUUGGAUGUGAGUGCAGUGCCUGCUAGAAUUACCCUUGGCGUUACGUCCAUUCUUACAAUUAUCACUCAAGUAGUCCAGUCGAGAUCGUAUACACCACCUGUAAGCUACAUAAAAGCCUUGGAUAUAUGGCUGUUCUUCUGUACCUUCUUUGUUACUGCAUCUCUAUUAGAAUAUGCUGUUGCUUAUCAGUUCAAGGAACCGAAGACUAAAAGCGUGUCAGAGGAAACAAAACCUCAAUCAGAAAAAUGGGCAAUACGUUGUAAGGAAUGCCAAAAAGAAUUAAGAGAGAAGCUAAAGAAGAAACCAAAACGUUCAUUUUGGAAAGUGUUCAAACCAAAAGAUACGACAAAUCGCUUCGAUUAUUAUUCUAG